GGCUCUUCUUUGUUGCAGAACCUGCUCCUUGGUGCUACAUGUUCCUCGGUCCAGCGGUGUACUCACCGUCUUCUUUCCCUGGUGCUGGCAUCUUUAGUAUGGGCACCCGGCUGUGACAUCUCUGGUCAUCUCCUGUAUUAUGUCCGCAGUCUCUGGUCAUCUCCUGUAGUAUGUCCACAGUCUCUGGUCAUCUCAUGUACUGUGUCCGCAGUCUCUGGUCAUCUCCUGUACUAUGUCUGCAGUCUCUGGUCAUCUCCUGUACUAUGUCUGCAGUCUCUGGUCAUCUCCUGUACUAUGUCUGCAGUCUCUGGUCAUCCCCUGUACUGUGUCUGCAGUCUCUGGUCAUCUCAUGUACUAUGUCUGCAGUCUCUGGUCAUCUCUUGUAGUAUGUCCGCAGUCUCUGGUCACCCCUGUACUGUGUCUGCAGUCUCUGGUCAUCUCCUGUAAUGUGUCCGCAGUCUCUGGUCAUCUCCUGUGCUGUGUCCGCAGUCUCUGGUCAUCUCCUGUGCUGUGUCCGCAGUCUCUGGUCAUCUCCUGUACUACGUCCGCAGUCUCUGGUCAUCUCCUG